UAUUCAUGAGGUGGGCGGGACUAGGCAGGAAAGGGGGGUGGGAGAAUCCGGGGCUGUGCUCGCGUGUGUGCCUGCCUCUGUGUGUGGAUUUGCCUCUGUGCGUGGAAGGAGGCAGCCGGAGAGGGAUGUGUGUGUGUGUGUGUGUGCGCAUGUGUGUGAGACAGAGAGAGAACAGGCAGAGAAGAUAGCAGUGCCCAUCAGGGCUUGACAAGAGAGAAAGAGAGAAAGAGAGAGAGAGAGAGAGAGAGAGAGAGAGAGUGUUCCUAUGAACCUGAAUUUACAAAGAGACCAGACAAUUUGGCUGUCACUCUAAGCGGACUUAGAGAGGCACAGGAGGCAUCAGUGGAGCCAGUGAAGGCGCAGAGGGGAUUGGGAUGACAGGACGGCAUCAGGAGGGCCAGUUCCCCCCGGCUCAGGCAGGAGCCCGUCACAUAUGAGAGGCCUCUGAGGUGAUUGCCCGUUCCACCACUAAGACUACCCAAGAGCUCCCCAGCGCCGCGGUCAGAGAGGCCAAGGGUGUGCAGCUGAGCCAAACCAAGACGGCGCAAGGGGUGGCGGGAGCCAAUCGGAGGAGAGCGAUGCUGAAGCAAGGCAAGAGGUCGGGUCUGGCAACAUGGCCGCUCCUCUUGAUCUUCCUGAGGGCCGUGGCGUCCAUCGAAGUCCCACUCGAUCCAAAGAUACAGCAAGAACUGAAACAGCCACCCACCAUUGUGAAACAGUCUCCAAAGGACUACAUUGUAGACCCCCGAGAUAGCAUCAUCAUUGAAUGUGAAGCUAAGGGGAACCCGCCGCCAAUGUACGAGUGGAAGCGGAAUUCGCGGUACUUCAACGUGGGCAAGAUGCCGCACGUGACGCAGCGGAAGCCGUCGGGGACGUUGGAGAUCUCCUCCCGCAAUGGCGGCAGGCCCGAGGACUACGAGGGCGAGUACCAGUGCUUCGCCUCCAACGAGUUUGGCAUAGCGGUGUCCAAUAAGAUCCUGCUGCGAAUCUCCAAGUCUCCGCUGUGGCCGAAGGAGGUGCUGGAGCCCCUAGUGGUGACUGAGGGUACCUCGCUGGUGCUGCCCUGCAACCCGCCGCCCGGCCUGCCCCCGCCCAACACCUUCUGGAUGAACAGUGACAUGCAGACUAUCCAACAGGACGCCCGCGUGUCCAUGGGGCUCAAUGGAGACCUCUACUUCUCCAGCGUCCUGGCCAAGGACUCCAGCACAGACUACAGCUGCAAUGCCCGUUUUGUCUUCACCUACACCAUCCAGCAGAAGAACCCCUUCAGCCUCAAAGUGCAGAGCCAGCAACCUUACAAUGAUUCUUCCUCUUUCAACCUGACUGACCCGUAUGGUGCCCGUCACGUGCCUGAAACCUCACCCAGCUUCCUGACGCCCUCCGGCCUGGUCAGCUCCAAGAUGGUGCUCCGCGGGGAGCAGCUGCUGCUGGAGUGCAUCGCUGCCGGAGUCCCCACUCCCAGUAUCAAGUGGUUCAAGAAGGGUGGAGACCUGCCCAUGAAGAGGGUCAAGCUGGAGAGCUUUAACAAGACGCUACGCAUCAUCAACGUCUCGGAGGAGGACUCUGGCGACUACAUGUGCAUGGCCAACAACAAGAUUGCCAGUAUCCAGCACACGAUAUCCGUCCAGGUCAAAGCCGCCCCACACUGGCUGGACAAGCCACAAAACCUCGUCCUCGCGCCGGACGAGAAUGGACGCAUGACUUGCAUCGCCCACGGCAACCCAAAGCCCACGAUCCAGUGGCUGAUGAACGGGGAGCCCAUAGAGAGUACUCUGCCGAACCCGAGUCGGGAGGUGGAGGGUGACACCAUCAUAUUCCGCCGCGUGUUAGUGGGAGGCAGCGCCGUGUACCAGUGUAACGCCUCCAACGAGCACGGCUACCUGCUGGCCAACGCCUUCAUCAACAUACUGGACAUGAAGCCCAUGAUGCUCGGGCCCAAGACCCAGCUGAUCAAAGUCGUGGAGAACAACCGCACCUUCCUGGACUGCCCUUUCUUCGGCGCUCCAAUUCCCACGCUGCGCUGGUUCAAGAAUGGGCUGGGCAGUGGGCUGGACGGCGGGCACUACAGGGCCUACGUGAAUGGCACUCUGGAGAUCAAGCGGGCACUGCCCGAGGACCAGGGCACGUACACCUGUGUGGCCAGCAACAUCAUGGGCAAAGUUGAGAUCCAGGUUCGGCUGGAGGUCAAAGAGCCCACCCGCAUAGUGAGAGCCCCUGAGCACGUGUCCUCUACUCGGGGAAGCUCGGUUCGCUUCAACUGCCGCAUCAAACACGACCCCACCAUGGCCAUUCACGUCACCUGGCUGAAGAAUGACCAGCCACUCAGCUACGCCUGGAGGAUGAAGAAGGAUGAAGAGUCUCUGACCAUCACCAACAUCAACGAGGGAGACCAGGGCACCUACACCUGCCUGGUCAAGACUGAGAUAGAUGAGGACUCUGCUUCUGCGCGUCUUACAGUUCUUGAGGAGGAAUCCUUGUCUCCCUCCAAUCGUAGUCCCAUGCUAGCAGACCGCCCAGAGUCUCCAAAAGACCUGGAGCUAUCUGACCUGCUUGUGCGCAGCGUCAGACUCACCUGGGUACCUGGAGAUGACAACAACAGCCCAAUCACAGAGUUCCUGGUUCAGUUCGAGGAGAACCGAUGGGAGCCUGGCAAAUGGCAGAACCUAUCCAGUCACCCAGGCAACGUGAACUCUGUGCUGCUGGAGCUGUCCCCCUUCGUCAACUACCAGUUCAGGGUGAUCGCCAUCAACGAAGUUGGUCAGAGCCAACCCAGCAGGCCCUCCCUGCGCUACCAGACUAGCGGAGCAGCUCCAGAUAUCGCUCCUGAGGACAUCAAAGGCAUGGGCUCGAAGAAGAACAACAUGGAGAUCACCUGGAAGCCCCUCUCUGACAUUCAGAAGAAUGCACCCAACAUUGUGUAUGAGGUGUCAUGGAAGAAGAAGGACAUGGAGGAGUGGAACUCCAUCAACACCACCAAGGCCAAGCACAUGGUCCAUGACACCGAGACCUACGAGCCUUUCCACAUCAAGAUCCAGGCCAUCAACGACUUCGGCCGGGGUCCAGAGUCUGCUGUGGUGCUCGGCUACUCCGGGGAAGACUAUCCCUCUGCCACUCCAGCACACUUUAAUGUGUCGAAGAUUGACAGCACCAAAGUCAACGUGCACUGGGACCCCGUGGACCCAAGCACCGUCCAUGGGGAAUUCAAGGAAUACAGGGUGUACUACUCGAGGGAGAGCAGCCUGGUGAGGGGCCUGAAGGUCAAUAAGGAGAAGAAGACCAAGGGCUUCUUCAGUUCGUCGGGCACGGGUGUCCUCACCGACCUGGUGCCCUUCAGCCAGUACAAGAUGUACAUGGUGGUGGCCAACAGCCGCUACGAGGGCCCGCCCAGCAACACGGCGGAGUUCAAGACCAAAGAAGGAGUUCCCAGCGCGCCCAAGUUCUUCAGGAUAGUUCAGAGGAGCACACACACCGUUCACCUGCAGUGGGACAAGCCGCUGGAGCCCAACGGGAACCUGAUCGGAUACACACUGCAGUACUACACAGUGAAUGGGACGCAGGUGGGUCAAAGGCAGGUGCAGAGCUUCCUGCCCAACGUGACGACGUUCACCCUGCGUCUACCAGAUCGCUCCACACGCUACAAGUUCUACCUGGCGGCCCGCACACAGGUGGGGGCAGGAGAGGUCUACGCCGAGGAGUCGCCAAACUUCUCUAACGAAGAACUAUAUACCAUCUCAGUUGAGCUCACAGAUGACUUGGUUGCUACAACUGCUCCUGCGCCACCUCCCACUACCAUGCCAACUACCACCAUUAGUACCACAACAACCACAACAACCACAGCUCCCACUACUGCCCCAGAUACACCUAUUCCCACCUUGGCCCCUACUAUACCCUAUGCCCGUAUGGUACCUACCAAGGGGGUGGAGUUUAAAAUAUUGGCCACCCCUUGGAAAGAGAUCUGGAAUCUGACGGUGAAGCCUAACAGUAACUAUGCUAACGUCAGCUGGGAGCACAACUUCCCCGCCGACAGCAGCGAGUUUGUGCUAGAGUACACCCUGCAAAGUAACAAGUCGCGGCAGAGCGUGUCAGUUAAACAUGAGCCCCACAUUAAGUUGGCUGGUCUGGUGGAGGGGGCGAAAUAUCAGCUGAGGGUGUACUCAAACGAGCAACACCACAUCUCCAGCACAUACGUCACCUUCGAGACCAGUCGAGCUAUCAGCACGGACAGCGUGGACAUCGCCACGCAGGGCUGGUUCAUCGGCCUGAUGUGUGCAGUCGCCCUCAUCGUGCUCAUCCUUCUAAUCGUUUGCUUCAUCAAGAGGAGUCGAGGAGGGAAGUAUCCAGUGAGGGAUAAAAAAGACCUCCCUCUAGAUCCGGUCGACCAUAAGGACCAGGACGGAUCAUUUGACUACCAAAACGAGAACAGGUCUAUUGAAAGAGAAGAAAGUCAGCAAAGCAAAGAAGAAGGCUCAGACGAAAAUGGUAGUGAUGAGGACAACAAGCCGCUGCAGGGUAGUCAGACGUCGCUGGAUGGACAAGUGAAGGAGAGCGACGACAGCUUGGUGGACUACGGCGAGGGCGGCGAUGGCCAGUUCAACGAAGACGGCUCCUUCAUCGGCCAGUACACCGUCAAGAAGGACAAGGAGGAGACCGAGGGCAACGAGAGCUCAGAAGCCACCUCCCCUGUCAACGCUAUCUACUCACUGGCAUAGCCCCCGUACCCCUGCCUACGCAGGGUGCCCCCUUGUGGACACAGGGUGCUAUCACACACACAAACACGGUAAAAUAGAGAGAGAGAGAAAUAUUAAUUCAUUCACACACGCGUGGGGAAAGAGCACUGAGGAGAUGCUCCUUCAGUAGUGGAUCACUGGGGGUGGGGGAAACAGUAGCGCUGGUGCCCAACCAGACUGUAGGAAAGGACGACGGACGGGCUACCAUCUUGGGCUCGAGAAAAAUAAACGAAAUGGGGAGGAACAAAAAAAUAAAUAAAUAAAGGAUGCUGAGGCGAUGUCAGAACAGCACCUGCCCCUUUCCCUCUCCCUGCCCCUCUAAACACACACUGACUCCUAGUGAGCUCCAAUGGGGCGGGCCAGGAGCCCAGGGGACGUCCUGAUUUCAAGCUUUUGUGGCUUAAGCAUUGAUUUGAUUUGAUUUGAUUUUUUCCCCCAAGAAUUCCUGCUUAGAUUCCCCCUUGAUCACUUGCCCUCUCUUUUUGCAACAGAGACAAACACGCCACACAGAAGCCCUUUGUGACAUAUCAGCAGUGGGCAGGCGGACGGACAGCAUGUGGGCAGAUACGUUUAUCAUAUUGAUAUUUCUGCGCUGAGAGAUUUGUUUUUGUUUUUGUUUAUCCGGUUGGGCUUCUGGUGACGGAUUAUGUUCAUAAAUAUUCAUGAAUGCUGUAGAGAAGAAAAAAAAAAGUCCUGGCACACCUUUUUUUCUCCGGUGCCCUGCAAAAACUAUGCACUAUAUAUUCACGUCAUGUUUUUGUGGGUUUAUGGGGGUCAAAGAAUCAUCUGUUCUGUUCUCCUAUUACUGUUGAUUCCAUUCCCCUGCCUUAGAUCACUGUUCAUUUUUUGUCAGCAUCUAAUUGAGACAUUUUAUGUCGUAACAUGUGUGAACUCAAUGUUUUUUUCUGGUUGGCAGAGGUUUCAUCUGUAACCAUCGACCCAAACCUUCUUUUCAGACAGAGCAGAAGUUGUCUGACUUGUAAAUGACUAAAAGAUGUAUUAUUUUGAAGCAUGUUAGUAUAUUAGUGCAAAAGACAAUGAAAGGUCAGACAACAGGAGCGUGCUUUAGUCCAAAUGGCGCGUUCACCUACUCAAGCUUAAUUCAAAUGUGACUCUGACUCUUUGCUCUAAAAAUGGCCCCCGUAACUCUGGGUCUGGCUUCUCUGUACUAUUCAGACCUGGGUUCACACUGCAAGUUUGUUUGACAACAGAGAUCUUUAGGAUUCCAUAAGCGUUGCGUUGUGUGCUCAGUGUAGAGUCCACAGCAUUGUGUUGUGUGCUCAGUGUACAGUCCACAGCGUUGCGUUGCGUGCUCAGUGUACAGUCCACAGCGUUGCGUUGUGUGCUCAGUGUACAGUCCACAGCGUUGCGUUGCGUGCUCAGUGUACAGUCCACAGCGUUGCGUUGUGUGCUCAGUGUACAGUCCACAGCGUUGCAAAGGGAAAACCCUGGCUCUAUGGCUUUUUCAAAAUAUUGAAAAGUUGGAAUCAGUUUUGUUGUCAUAUUCCUGAAAUUCUGUCUGAUUAUUUUUAAGGGAGAAUAUUUAUCUAAUGAAAUAUAUUUCACUAUUUAGGGUAAAGGGUUUGAAAAGGGAAAAAAAAGUCACUCAAGUGUUGACUAAACAACAGUUUAGAAGAUGAAUCGAAACACAUAGAACACAAAAGCACUGGGUUGCUGUUGAUGUCAAGACACACAGAUGGACACUCUCCCACAAGCACACUCUCCAGCCAGAGACAAGGAUUCUGUACAGUGUGGUGGGAGUGCAAGGAUGUUGAACGUAAUUAUAGUGACUCGCAACAAUCCAUCCAAUCCUAUCCUGUUUCCCCAUUAAGAGCACUCUCACCCAAUCUCCCUUGAGCUGGAACUGAAAUGAUAGUUUGUACAUUUAUGUUCGGUUUUAUUUAUAUCACUAAUAGAAUUUUAUUAAUAUUUAAUUGACUGAAUUGCUAAUUUGGAUAUAUUGCCACUGUGGAGAGCUAAAAACACACAGAUAGCAGAACUUCUCUGUUUAAUAUAGCCUCUCAUCAAAUGACUAUUAAGGGCAGGAGUUGUUUUCUUUUUCUUGCUGUGAAACUGACUAAUGCCACUCACUGUCACAAUGAAGAUGUUUGAUCAGUUUCCUCUGCUGCUCCUCUAGUAUUACUGUUGUAUUACUGUUAUUACGUGUUAAUAUUUAGAAUUUAUUUAAUAUAACUUUUACACGACACAGAAAAAUGAUAUAUUGUUUAUUUAUUUAACAUAAAUUAAGACCCAAAAGAUGUCCGGUUUAAUUCUAUGUAAAUAUUUAUGUAGGCUGUUGUAGGCUAGGUGCAUAAGCAGAUGGAAGCUCCUGACACUGGUGAAGUUCCAGAAUGGUGGACCUCAGACAGCAACGCCCGGGAGCAGCCCUUGGCUUUGUUUAUACCGUCCAGUCCUUACACAGAUUUUUCUCAUUGUUCUCAUGUCCGAGCUCUUUCCAGCUCUCUUGAACUAUACUUAAUAAAAUGAGAGCCUGUGAGGGAUGUUUGCUGGCAAUGUAAAUAGCAAAUAUUCUAGGAACUGUAACGUAGCAUUCUAGCCACACCCACUAAAGAGGACAGAAGUGCCCACUUGGAUUGUGUUUUUAUCUUUUUCUUUCCUCGACCGUGUCUUUCUGAGGCCCUCGGUCCUUUGUGAGGGCCUCUGCCUUCCACCUGCCAGCUCGACACCACCCCUCAGAUGAGUUCCACGUGUACCUCCAGCUGUUCAGCUUAUCGGAUGUCCCACGUGAUACUGUCACACCUGCAGCAACAAACUGUGUUACAAAAUCCCUCAAACCUCAGCCAUAUCCAAUACUUUCAACUCUUGCCACUCUCUCAACCAUGUACCUUGUUUUUUUUUUCUUCUCUGGUGAGUCUGUGAAUGUUGUCCCUCCUGUAAUGUCCUGAAGGGGGCAUUCAGGCACCAAGGCAUGGUGCCACAUGAGACAGUGGUCAUAAUCCGUGGUACACAGAGCGGCAUCACUAAUAAUAGCAAAUGAAAUUGUGUCAUCUUCACAUAACCUUUCUAAUAUCCUAAUGCAUCCAAGGUUGGUGGAAUUCACAGUGGAAUUCUGUCAGAAAUGCAUCCAAGCUUUGGCCUCUUUCUGUGACGUGUUCAGGUUUGAUCAUCUCCGUGUUCCUCACUCGUUCUCCGUUCAACAUGGUUCAAACUGUGGAUAACCUCGAUGUCUCUAGCAGGAGCUGUGUCUUUUGCUGUGUUCUUCACUGGCGUAUUCUUUCAAACAUGCAGUCAUAACAUCAUUGUAAAUGUCUACUAAGUUUUUCUUAUGAUCACGCUCAGUUAUUUUUGCAAAACUAGGAUGUAAACAAAUAAGGCACAUACUCCAUCACAAUAUCUCAAUACGUUUUUUUAUUAUCAUUAACACUAACGUUGGGCUCUUUUUGACUUCAUCUGUAACGAUUUCUGUUUCACAUUUUACUGUCAAGUGUGUGGGAGCAGCUUUUGAAGUACUGCUUCUUGGGCAACCAGUGUUUGUAUGUUAUGUGGAAGCUAAGUAAAUGGCAUAUUACCAUAUUCACCAUGUAUGCGUGUAUGAUGAGAUGCUGCAACUUGCUAGAAACGCCUUUCUUUAUAGUAAAGCUAUGUCAUUUUCUCUAAA